GGUAAUUAUUAUAAGAGUUUCCUCCUACGUUUGAGGAAAGGGAGUUCUGGGAAGCAGGUUCUUUCCUUGAAGGAGUCUGUAUCAGUCUCUCGCGUUGGCUCUUUAUCGUUUUAUUAUUGAAUCUCUCACUGUGAAGCUUUGCCCCCACCUGUGAGUAUUGAGGUGGAGGCUUCCUUAGUUACAGAACCAUCCUCCUGUGAAAAAUAGGAGACAAGACCAUAGUCUAUCAGGAAGGUAAACUUUGCCAGUGCUGGACCACGUUAGCACUGUGUCCUCUAGCUCACCGCCUCUCCUUCAUGUAAAUUACCUUGUAUUAAGAGCGCUUUGAGAAUUGUUCCAGCAAUAGUGUUUGGACUAUUAUUAUUUGCUUUCAUCCCUCGUCUGUUAUUAUGAACCUGUCGAUGAUAUCUUUUCGAAGAGUGAGGGGUGGGCGGCUGUUAAGGGCGCUGUGGGCUGCGGGUGUGGGCGGCCUGGGUACCAUGUACCUUGUAAGCCUGUCACUGCACUCCACACUGCUGCUUCCAUUGUACUGCGAGUCAGAGUGCGUCCAGAUGGUGUGGGAGGGAUGCGUGGCACCUGAGAGUCAGGUGAUGCUGCGCCACAUCCGGCGGCAGGUAUUGGACCCACCACAGAAGCAGGUAGCAGAGCCCAUCACCCCGCAGGAGGUGGACGACCCUCCUUGGUUCAACGUCAGAACGUGGAUGGUCGCUGAGGGUGCCAUCCGCCAGGUGUUUGCUCACAAAGUAGGUGACGGAGAAGAGAGGAGUGUUCGUGGAGGUGGGAGCAGGUUCUGGUGUCUUCAUGUCUCACACAGUUGGCUCGAAUACGACAGGCCUACACUCCCUCCGCCUCCAGAAGGCUUGAGUGACCGAGUCUGUGUCUCAGACUACAGCCAUAACAAACAGGAUGUGCUGUGGUCACCAGGCAAAACUGAGGACCUCUCAGACCACUACAGGAACAUGGCACUCUCGAGGUCUACCCUCAUGGCCUACGUAACCCAGGAGGACCAACAAGGGUCCCUGGCCACGCCCGUGCAGUGCUACACCCUCGAAGCCCUAGUGUGGGCGGCGUUUGGUCACCAGCGGCCCAUCGACUUAUUGGUGCUGGACACUGCCGGAGGGGAAUACAAGAUCCUCGAUACUCUGCAGAGACUCAAAAUUUCGUGUCUGUUGGUUAAGUACAACACUGAAGUAGACCGGACCUUCAUCAUGGCCUCAGCACGAUUACUGAACCUGUACCCUCAGCACUCAGCAACCCUGCAGGCUGAAAGAUUCCUUUUCUUCGUCAAUCCUAGUGCCGGGUACAACAUCACUUCCUGGGAGCGGCCUACUUGAUUAUACUGCAUAGUGAGGAUGGAACUAAUAAACAGUUUAUUGACCCCAGUGACUGAUAACACCAGCAUUGUAUCUUCGCAAUCGUGUUGAAUGUGCAUUGUGGUUCUAUCAUGUCCCUGCUUUUAUACAAAUAACUAUUCCUUCCUUGUGAUAUAACGUUGUUAUUAAUCAAAUAUAGUUGUGUGAAGUGAC